UAUAUAUAUAAAUUUUAAAAAAUUAUCUUAUAUAUAACGUAAUUUUUUAUCGGAGAGUGCGGAUGAACACCCUCACAACCCCUAGAUCCACCCUGAUUACAGCUUGUCAUACAAAUUAUUAUUUUCCAAGGUGUCGAAAUAAUAAUACAAAAUUUUAUCUAAAAUAUCAUUAGCUAUUAUAAUAUUACAUUUGUUACUUUUCCCUUGAAGUUAGCAUUAUUAGAAAAUAGAAUACAUAACAUUACAAAAAUGGCAAAGCUACUCUAUAAAUUCGAACACUUGCUAAGUUUAUGAAUCAACCAAGAAAAGAAAUCAAAUUGAGAAUAUGGCAACAAACUCCACAGCAAUUCCUCUCCUCACUCCUUACAAAAUGGGGAGAUUCAACCUCUCUCAUAGAGUAGUGAUGCCACCAAUGACAAGGAACAGAUCAUAUAAUAACACUCCACAGCCACAUGCUAUUGAAUAUUAUGCUCAAAGAGCCACUAAUGGGGGUUUUCUCAUUUCUGAAUCAGCUAGUGCCUCUGAUAUUUCCAAAGGGUCCCCAAAUAUGCCUGGAAUUUGGACAGAAGAUCAAAAAGAGGCUUGGAAACCCAUUGUUGACUCUGUUCAUAGCAAAGGUGGUAUCUUUUUUUGCCAAAUUUGGCAUCCAGGGAGGAUAUUCGACUCAAGACUAAACAAUUGGUGGUUUCUUUGGACUAACGCUGCAGCACCUCAUGAUGGUGCGUGCAUGGAACCAACACUAAGGCAACUAAGCACAAAUGAACUCGCUCACAUUGUCGAUGAUUUUAGAAUUGCAGCCCGUAAUGCUAUUGAAGCUGGAUUUGACGGAGUUGAGAUUAACUCAGCAAACAGCUACAUAAUUGAACAAUUUUUGAAUGAUCAAGUCAAUGAUAGGAGGAGUGAUGAAUAUGGUGGAAGCAUAGCGAAUCGUUGUAGAUUUGCUCUUGAAGUUAUAGGGGCAAUUGUGAAUGAAAUUGGAGGAGAUAGAGUUGGAAUAAAACUUUCCGUCUUAUCGGAAUUGUAUGGAAAAAAGGACUCGAACCUAGAAGCCCUAUCGACUUAUUUAGCAAGUCAACUCACUAAGCUCGGAGUUUUAUAUCUUCAUGUGUUCGAACCAAAGGACGAACCUCGUAAUAAUUGCCUUCAAUUUAUAAGGAGGUCAUUUAAAGGGACACUUAUUGCUUCGGGUGGCUAUAAUAAAAAUGAGGGAGAUAUGGCUAUUUCUGAAAAUUGUGCAGAUUUGGUCUCAUUUGGACGUUUGUUUUUGGCUAAUCCAGAUUUGCCCAAACGUUUUGAGGUUAAUGGGCCGUUGAACAAGCAUGAUAGGAGUACUUUUUACAAGAAUGACCCAAUUGUGGGUUACACUGAUUACCCAUCUCUUCAACUUGAAUUUACUUAAUUUCGAAAGACGGAAUAAUUUGGUAA